AUGGCCGACCUCGACGUCUCCAGUCACUACAACCUGCCCGCAGAAUACCCCGACGAAUGGCCCGCUGCAUUAGAUGAAGGAGAUAAUUCCGAAGAAGAGCCUGUGGAACGAACCAAGUCCCGCCCACGCAAGUCCCGAUACUUCGCCCUGGAACGCACUCCCAGUGAUUGGAGAAGCAACUUCGGCUCGCGCAGGGGGAAAGAUGGCAGGGAUAAUUCACAGAAAGAUGAACCUGAUCCCCUGGGGACCGGGGACAACGUUCUCCGCGUUCUCAAGAAACGAGGAGUGCCCCUAGAAGAGGAGAGCGGCAAGAGGUCACGGUUCCUGCUGUCAUCGACGUCGUUCUCACCCGCAUUGUUCCUAUCUCAAGCGCACUCUUCGGACUCGAUUCCAACACUCACGGAUGGACUCGAAUACCUAUCACAAUCUAUCGAUCAAAAGUCGGCCUCGUUGAAAGUGCUCGUGGAGGCCAACUUCGAACGCUUUGUUCGCGCGAAGGCGACCAUUGAUAGCGUCUACACGGAGAUGAGGAACCAGGGAGUACAAAAAGAGCCCAACCUGGCCUCACACAGGCCGGGUCACUUUCGAAGCUAUUCGGGUCAAAAACGGAGCGUUUCCCCUGCGCCGGUGGUAGGGGACCCGAAGAACGCGCUGAUCAAGGAGAGCGAGUACGGCAUGAAAGGCAUUCGAGGUCCUCUGGUGGAAGCGUCCGUCAAAGCUGAGGAAGUCUGGGGACCAGCCCUUAGUGGUCGAGAUCGAGAACAGAUGCUGAAGUCGGUGGUGGAGAAUAUGGAAAAGCAUCGCGAUGUCUACGAGAUCGGGAGUCUUCUGUCCAAGUCCAUCCAGCAGCGGGACUACGAAUCCGUUUUCGAGCAAUAUACCAAGGCUAGGACGCUGGCGAAUCAGGCCAAAACCAUCGCAGAUCAAGCAUCCACUACUCGCCGACAGUUGUCUGACUUUGAGACGCACACGAUUCUGGCUAUGGGUCGAAUGUGGAUGGAUGUUGAUCAGCAAAUCCAAGCCUUCCAGCGGGAUCUCUGGAGACGUCUCACCGAUGCGCCAACGACGUCAACGACGAGCACCGCGUCCGGCCUCGUUGAAGAACACAUGGAGCUGAUCGGGGCUUUGUUGGAACUGGGUGUUGAGAACAACCCAAUUUCGACUUGGCUUUUCAGUCGUUAUGAAUUCCUCAAGACCAAGACCACCUCGUUCUGUGAACGUUGCAAGGUUGAGAUUGAAAUUUUAAGACGCCGGCUUGCCGGUGGAGAAAGCCCAACACCACAGGCCACGGUAUCUUACCUUCGCCUUGCGCCUCGCGAUGGUUCAGCGGAAAUUCCAGAACGACUUGAUACCGAUCAUGUAAUUGAGCUCUGGGAUUGCGUUCAGGCGUUCCUCACACGGCUUUUGUCAUCACAAAGUGGCUUAUUGGGCGAGGUGUUGGACUUCUGGGACGUCGCGCAGUCAUUCAUCGACGGCAGUCGACAGAGACUUCUUCCCGCUGGCUUCGAAGGGGAAAGUCGCAAGCACCAUCAAGUUUCUUCGAAUAAUAUUAAAGAGCUCGAGAGAGGCGUGGUCGAGCUGGUCAACAUCAUUCGUGAAAAUGUGUUGGCCCUAUUCACCGAACCUCCGACAGAAGAUAUCUCGCUUCUCUCUUCUCCUGUUCCACCGAGUCCCACAAGCCCUGGAUCCAGAGGUGUGACUCCGACAGAGUCCCGAUUUAAGCUCGAUGCGAAGACUCUGCCCAUCCCCGUUCCCCGGCGAGGAGAACACUGGGAUGACUUCGCGUUCUGGCCCCCCUUCUCCAAUUCGCUCAGUGGGGUUCACUACCUCAGCAAAUUCCUGAUUAUUGUCGGCACUGCAGCCAGCGAGAUGGCAGCUUUGCGGCCGGUUGCUAAUGCUGGAAAAACCUACGAUCUUCUCAAGACCCUAGUGAGCGUCGCUCGCGAACGGUCUGCCCGUGUGGCCUGCGCGGCAUGGAGUAAAGAUGCCGAAAUCUGCAAGUUGUUGGAGAACUGGACGCGUGAUACAGAGAAGCGGGAUUUGACCAAGAUGCCCGGCCUGUUUGUGGCUUUUGAAAGCGCUAUCCUUGGCGGCAUGCAAAAAAUCCUCUAUAUCUCGGAGGCCAUGGCCAAGCCCGGCACUGUAGAUGUUGUGACCCAGCCGCCUGCGAAGAUGCUCCAAAUGGUCCGCGCUCAGUUUGUAUCUAGUGUUUACAAGGCUCUCAGCGGGCUGGUUGAGAAUGCCGAGCGCUUGACAACUCCGGAAGAGGAGGACGAAUGGGUUUUGACCAGGCCUGUGAUGACGAGCCAAGCCACGGAUGCUGCUCUGUCGGUUCUCACUGCUGACUCGGUCGAUUCUCGAAACAGGAACGUGCGCAUCCUCCUUACUCUUUCAAACCUCAAGGCCUUUCAGGCCGAGUACGUUCCGCAGUUGAUCUCCAACUUCGAAACUUCAUUUUCCGUCAAGUUGACGGAAGAGGGCAACACCGUGCGCGACGUGCUCAGCCAGAUCGAAGCCCGGCUGUUCCAGUCGUACACUGCCCCCACGAUCGCCACGCUGGACGAGACGAUCACCACUGGCAUCGCAUCUCCAGAUUGGGUGCCGUCCACCGACCGGCCAGAGCAGGUCCGUCCCUACGUUUAUAAUACCAUGUUGACGCUGGUCCUGGUCCAUACCGAGAUCUCCACAACAAUCCCGUCCAGUGUAUCUCCGAGCUCCAGCCGUGCACCGCCCAACACACCGUCUUCAUUGCUCACCACCGUGCUCACGCAUUUAUUGGUGCAAAUCUCUUCCUCCUUGCUCAAUGCCUUCCGCUCCCGGUCCACCUUCUCGCUUGCCGCUUUGAUGCAGGCAACUCUAGACACCGAGUUCAUUGCGCAAACCAUGUCGCAAUACUCGACCGAGGAGGCAUCUAAUGUGCAAAGUCAAAUCUAUGUUGAGCUGGAUCGCCGCACUACGAACGAAGCUCGCACGAAACUCCAGGCCGAGCUGGGCGAAAUGAGAGUCGUGUUGAAGCGGUUGAGGGAUCGGACCAAGGGGGAGUUUGCCUGCUUCAAGAAAUCCCGAAGCGGAGCAGGAUCGAGGUAG